AUGAAAACAACCCACAGCUUCAUGAUUGUACUUGUUUCUUCUUGUCUUGUUCUCUCAGUAUUGGCAUGGAAAGUGUUGAGCUGGGUAUGGUUUAAGCCCAGAAAGCUUGAGAAGCAUCUCAAACAACAGGGUUUUAAAGGGAACCCUUACAAGCUGUUCUAUGGAGACUUCAAAGAGAUAGGAACCUUGUUCCAAGAAGCCUACUCCAAGCCUAUCAGUCUCUCAGACGACAUCGUACCAAGAGUUAUACCUCAUUUUCUAGGAACUGUUAAUAAGUAUGGAAAGAAUGCCUAUUUAUGGUUUGGGCCAAAACCAACGAUGCUAAUCAUGGAUCCAGAAAUCACAAGGAAAGUUACACAAAAGAUGGAAAUUUUUCAAAAGCCUCAAUUCCAUCCACUUUCCAAAUUGCUCGCCCAAGGGACACUGGUCUAUGAAGGGGAGAAAUGGGCCAAACACAGAAAGCUCCUCAACCAAGCUUUCCACAUGGAGAAGUUGAAGCUUAUGGAACCAGCAUUUUACAAAAGUGCAAGUGAGAUGUUGAGCAAAUGGGAGGAGGGUAUUUCCGCAAAAGGGUCAAUUGAGUUGGAUGUUUGGCCCCAUCUUCAGACUAUGACAGGUGAUGCAAUUUCAAGGACAGCAUUUGGCAGCAAAUAUGAACAGGGACGAAGGAUCUUUGAGUUGCAGACAGAACAAGCCCAACAUUUGGUGAAGGCUGUACAGUCCAUGUAUAUUCCCGGGUUGAGGUUCCUGCCAACUAAAAGGAACAGAAGAAUGAAACAAAUCGCGAAAGAAGUUAAUGAUUCAAUUGGGGAAAUUAUCAGGACUAGACUAAAUGCACUGCGAACAGGGGAAGCCAGUGAUGAUGACAUGUUGAGUUUAUUACUUGAAUCCAGUUCUCAAGAAACUGACAAAGAAUUUGGCAUGACUACAAAAGAAAUCGUUGAAGAGUGCAAGCUGUUCUAUUUUGCUGGGCAGGAGACGACUGCUGUGCUGCUCGUUUGGACAAUGAUCUUAUUGAGCAUGUAUCCGGACUGGCAAGAACAUGCUAGAGAAGAGGUUUUGCAACAUUUUGGGACAAACAUACCAGAUUUUGAUGGACUAAAUCGCCUGAGGAUUGUUACAAUGAUCUUACAUGAGGUUUUAAGGCUAUACCCACCAUUUCCUAUUCUUGGUCGAACAGUCGCUGAAGAAACUAAACCAGGAAAUCUAACUUUCCUGUCUGGACAGCUACUGACCGUACCAACAAUAUUAUUGCAUCAUGACCCUGAAAUAUGGGGCGAGGAUGUCAAGGAAUUUAAGCCAGAGAGGUUUGCAGAUGGAGUCUCACAUGCAACAAAGGGCCAAGUUGUAUUCUUCCCAUUUGGCUGGGGACCUCGUAUCUGCAUUGGCCAAAACUUUGCCAUGUUGGAAGCAAAAUUGGUUCUAGCCAUGGCUUUGCAACGCUUCUCCCUCGAACUCUCACCAUCUUAUUCCCAUGCUCCUUAUUCAGCCGUAACACUCCAACCCCAGUUUGGAGCUCACUUAAUUUUGCACAAGAUGUAG